CUUGACGUUGGUUCCGCGUGUUGAUACUGAAGAGAGGAGAAGAAGGAUCCGAGGAGGAGAAACACAAAGUUAAUUUCAGCAUCGCUAAAAAGAAAAGACCCGAACUCAGGCCAGAACCAGAGGAACAUGGACAUGAAGAAGAGGGUCUCCUUAGAGCUGAGGCACCGGUCGCCGACGGAAGUCCAGGAGCUGGUCCUGGAUAACUGUCGCUCCGGCGAAGGAAAGAUCGAAGGAAUCACAGAAGAGUUCUCCAACCUGGAGCUGCUCAGCCUCAUCAACGUGGGCCUGACCAGUGUAGCAGACAUCCCCAAACUGGACAAACUCAAAAAGUUGGAGCUGAGUGACAACAGGAUAUCAGGCGGUCUGGAGGUCCUGGCCGAGCGGCUGGUGAACCUAACGCACCUCAACCUCAGUGGGAAUAAGUUCAAAGACAUCAGCACCCUGGAGCCGCUGAAAAAGUUGCCCCAGCUGAAGAGUCUGGAUCUGUUUAACUGCGAGGUGACCAACCUGGCUGACUACAGGGAGUCCAUCUUCAAGCUCCUCCCCCAGCUCACCUACCUGGACGGCUACGACAUCGACGACUGCGAGGCGUCCGACUCCGACGGCGAGGGAGACGGAGUCGAUACUGAUGACGAAGAGGGUUUGGAGGGCGAGUCGGAGGACUUUGAGGAUGAGGAAGAAGAGGAUGAGGAAGACGUAGUGGCUGUAGAGGAUGACGAUGAUGAUGACAGUGAUGAGGAGGGCGAGGUGAACGGAGACGUAGACAGCGAGGACGAUGACGACGAUGACGAUGACGACGAUGACGACGAGGACUCGUCUCCGGCCAAAGGAGAGAAGAGGAAGAGGGAGCCUGAAGAUGAGGAUGAUGAUGAAGAAGAUGAUUAAGGACCCACAAAGACCCCGCAAACCCCUCUGACCUCUCCUCUCGCCCGGUGACCCCCCCACCCUCCUCUCCCCACCAACGCUCGCCCCUCCUCCUCCUCCCCCUCCCCCUCCACUCCAUCGUCAACUCCUGGGGCUGCGUUGCAUUUCUGAAACCUCCCACUGAGCCCUCGUCUCCUCCUGCAAGGCCCAAACACCCGUCGCCAACGGCAACCGUUAAUUUAUCAAAAAUAUUCUCACGCUUCUUUUUUUUCUUCUUUUGCAAAAGUUUGUCACGAUUCCAAGAAGUUCAGGCUUUUUAAAAUCCGUAUUAUCACCUAGAUAUUCCUCAACAGCACCGAUGAAUAACGUUGAUUACUUUCUGGCAUCUGUGUGUUUACGGCACAUUUUUGUCAUGGAGUGAUUGGACGGUUAUUGUCUCUUUUUGUCUAUAAAAUGUCAUAAAAUGUGAAAAAUGUCCGCUAGAAUUUCAAUUGAAGUCUUCAAAUUUUUAGUUUUUCAGCCCCAAACCCAAAGUUAAUCAGUAAACUAUCAGAUAUAACAAAGAACAGCAGAGAUCCUCACAUUUAACGAGCUGGAACCAGAGAGUGUUUUUGGCAUUUUUGUUUGGGAAAUAGCUGGAAUGAUUACUUCAUUACCGCGUUAAUUACCCAGAAACAUUCUGUCGGAUCGAUUAAUGAACCUAUUAGAAAAUCCAGAGGGGCAUUGGACAGUUUUUUCAGAAAUGUAUGUGACUAAAAAAAGAUUUAUUUCACAUAAGCUGGUUAAACUCAGUUGGUUAUUGUUUUUGGUGUCAGAGAAUAUGUAGGAAAAGAGGCCUUUGGUGGUCGUGAAGUGCGUUGUAAAGUUAUUUUUAAUAAGUCGCAGGACAUAAAGUCAUCAGGUGUCAUGAUGGGGAACUUUGUGACAAAUGAAACUCCAAAUUCCUACUCCGUUAACGAGAAGUAAACGCAUCGCCAGUCAUGAAAAGAAGCUCAAAAAGAAAAGGCGGGAAAACAUUUGAUAUAACUUUUUCCUGGAGGUUUGAGUUACUCACUGAUCAAAACAUACUUUUUCUUUACUUAUUGUUUUUUAGAUCAUGAAUAUCUCGAUCACACGGAGCCACACAAACACUCAAACUCAACUUUUGUUUGGUAAUAUUCGGUUAACUCAUUCUCAAUGUGUUCUUCGUGAACACAUGAAGACAAAGUUGUGUCUGUGGAACGGAGACGGGACGAGGGCUCGCGGGACGUAAUGGCGCUUUUGGGAUGCUAAAGAUAAAACCAAAUUCUCCCUCCUUUGUUUACCAUCUUCCCUCUGGGACUGAACCAGCAGCUAUGAUGUCAUCACAGACUCUGUGAUGUCAUCAACAGACAGUCAAACGUAGUGAAACCUCCACCGCCCCCCCGCCCUCUCCCUUUCCUCCCCUCCUCCCCCCCGAGGCCGAGCGCGCUCAGGGCAAACUGUGUUUUCUCUUUUUUGCCAACAGAGCUUUUUAAAAGAAAUAUUUUUUCAGAGAAAUUGUUUUUGUUUAAUUUUGUAUGGUUGUCUGGGGACACUCUCUCGCUCUCUCUCUCUCUCUCUCUCUCUCUCUCCCUCUCCCUCCUGACCUCUCUCUCUCUCUCUCUGCCUCUCCUUUCAUGUCUCUUCCUGCUCAGUAGAGAGAUCCAGUUGAUCCUUCACACUUACACUGACUAGUUGACGUUGUGUUUUCUUUCUUUUUUUACUUUCUGUAAGUUAAAGGAAAAACAAACAAAAAAAAACACACAAAAAGGACUUUGUAAAUAAAAUCUUAACAUUUUGCUCCUGG